AUGGCUACUACCGCGACUCUCGACUCUGGCAGCCAAAACUACGACAGACUACUCGAGGUGGACAAUGUGAACAUGCCGGGCGGGGUUCUCGCUGCAGGCUCACCGAACGACGGCGAUGGCUUUGGUCCCGUUCCCGAUAUCACGGCGCCGCAGAAGAUGAUUUCGGCCAUGUCCGGCAGCUUAUUCACGUCGCUGCUUGGUGAGUUGGACAGCUUGGCGAGCACUGUCUGUCGGUCCACGCAUGCUGAUCAUCAAACAGUGACCCCUCUUGAUGUUGUCCGAGUUCGCCUGCAGUCGCAACGAACACCAACUUCAGCGGUCGAUUUCUCAAAGCUUGCGCUGCGGACCAGCACCCUCACACCUGCACAGACCGCGGAGCUCGGAGUCACGGCGUGCUGUCGCGAAGUAUUUUUCCAGGGCAACUCUGCAGAGCUGUGCAUCGCGGUCCCGAGAGGCGAGGGCAUUGGAGAGCCAGCCGCAUCGUCUGCAGCUCCUGCUGCUGGCUGUGCGGUCCACGAGGUGCAAAAGAAGACGUACAACUCUACCCUCGAUGGCUUGCGAAAGAUUGCUCGCAACGAGGGCUUCACCACGCUGUGGAGAGGUCUUUCACCGACAUUACUCAUGACUAUCCCCGCCAACAUCAUCUACUUCACCGGCUACGACUGGCUCCGAUACAAUCCAGUCAGCCCGCUCUCCAGGCUCUCCAGCGACAACGCACCGCUGGUGGCGGGAUCAACCGCCCGUGUCCUUGCUGCCACGGCCGUUGGGCCGAUUGAGCUGUUUCGAACGCGGAUGCAGGCGGCUCAUGGCACAUCGAGGACGAACCACUUGAUGGAAACGUUUCAGGGUGUGCGAGACAUGGUGGCCACGCACGGCUACGUGUCUCUGUGGAGAGGGCUGACCUUGACGCUUUGGCGAGACGUGCCCUUCUCCGGCCUUUACUGGUGGGGCUACGAAACUAUUCGAUCUCGGUUGACGGACAUGCGAGAGGACGGUCGGGGACGGCCAUUCAACCGGGCCGAGUCCAUCCAAAGUGCUCGACGGCGCUCUCAAAGCCAGGAAAAUCACAUGGAGACCUUUGUCGACUCCUUCACCGCGGGGGCGCUGUCCGGGACCUUUGCCUCGAUUGUGACAACGCCCUUUGAUGUCGGAAAGACACGAACUCAAGUGUACAGAGACAUCCCCGGCGGACCGGGCGGGAAGCCUCACGCACCGGAGGAAAAGAACAUGAUGCGUCUGCUAUGGCACAUUUUCAAGACGGAGGGCGCUCCAGGACUGUGGAAAGGAUGGAUCCCUCGCGUCCUGAAAGUCGCACCGGCUUGCGCCAUCAUGAUUAGCAGCUACGAGGUUGGAAAGAGGGCGUUUCGGGGUGUCAACGAGCGCUCCAUGGCCGCGCGGGAGGAAGCCAGGUGA